AUGGCUCCCUCUUCACUUCUCAUAGCCCGGCUCCGAGUUUGUCCUUCCUUGUCUAUAUCUCGUUAUACGAUCAGGAACAGGCAACAUCUCUGUUGCGUGCGGACCUUCUCCAGCUCGCCUCAGCCUCUUUCGCAGCCCGACCCUGUGAUGCCUCUCCCCACGCAGGCGGCCCCCCGUGACCCCAAGGCCGGCCUCUCUGAGCGCAUGUCCUUCGUGUUCGACCAGAUUGACGCCAUGGAGCGCAUGCGUGGUGCCAAGGACGAGGCCCUGGACAGGAUCCGCGCCUGGCGUCAGACCAAGAAGCAGCAGGAGGAAGGACAUGAUGGCGCCGACGGUGAAAUGAAUGGUCCGGGUAUUGCGGACUCGGCAACUGCAUCAGAGAGAGCUGGAAGCCAAAUGGUGGUGGAGAAGGGAACUGGAUUGUUAGUGGAGGAAGGGGGGAGGUCUUUGUUCAAAAAGGAAGUGGAGCUUGUCCACCCGUGGCCUGAGUGGAUUGAGUUAAUGGAGAGGCUUAUGAGUCAGAAUUACUUCGACCAUCGGCGCUUUGACGAGAACCAGAUGGUGAAGAACCUCCCAAUUGACCUAUCUGGGGUUGUGGAUGAUGUGGGUUUCAACUUCACGAGGGACUGGAGUACAGUCCGUACGGCAUGUCUCAACUUCGGCCGAGACCGUUUUGAUAUCUUGAGGUACUAACUGAGACAUGAAAAUCAAGGUUUAUUUUUAUUUCCAGUAUGUGCGCAAAUUAGUGACACAUUUCUGGUUUGGUAUCGAAUAAGUAAAUGCAAUCUAAGAAUUGUGCAUUCUUUUGGAAUAACCGAGUACUUCAGGAAAAUCGUAGCUGUGAACUUGGUCACUGGCUAUUCGGAUUCAUAGCCUGAAAUUAUAUUGACUGUAUGCUUCCUCUGAAUUUAGGUCUUUGUCUAAGAGGGAUUUGCAGAUCCUUGUUGGACAUGGAUGCCCCAGCACAGACAAAAAGGUGGCAUACUCUGCAAAGCUACUCAGGAAGCACGCUCAUCUUGACGAAGGAGAUGUAUGGACCACACAGCAUAAUCUUUGAAUAAUUUGGAGUGAGAAAAUAGACCUGCUGAUUUUUUGAAUUGCUUAGGACUCCCUUUCUGAACAUCUCGAUUUCAUCAGUUGUAGUUUUUGUACAAUUAUCUAAUGUUGAAGUUGUUCAUUAUCUAGCUUAAUGCAAUUUUUGAUCCUUUUGGUAAGCAGUAGAACCGUGAUUGUUUUAUUCAAUGGGUGGUAUCUCAAGGAAGAAUAAUGUCCAGGGAGAUAAUUCUAUUAAGUUUAGGAUGUUGACUCUUGAUCUUUAAACUUGAAUCUUAAGGAAUUCUAACGGUGUUAAAGUUUGAUUCUUAUUAUAGGUCAGUUAUCUUGUGGAUAUCAGCUCAAAUACGUUGAUAUAUUGUCUAGAAAAUGUAUUUCUCUAAUUUGUCUCUGGUCCUCGUUAUUAGGGAGUCCUUGCUCAUGCUUCCAUGAUUCAAGCAUAAUCUACGUUAUCAAUCAGAAGACUCCUUGUGAAAGGAAUUCUAAAUGUGACUCUUGUUAAGGUCACAAUUAAUGCCAAGGAAAGUUGUAUUGUAUUUCACUAGUGAUAAGAGUAUGCAUGCAGUUGGCCUUCUUUCGGUGAAGAAAUUCGAUAUGAUGUUAUAGGGAAAUCAGUGAAGGAUGAAUCAUGAAUAUUAGUAUAGCCUUGGGAUAACUUUUUCAGGCGAUAGGCUGUCAAACAUAAUCGUUUGAUAUCUAAGGAGUGUGGUGUACCUAAUAGUUAAUCAAUGGAGUUUCGCGGUAGAUUCAGUGUUUUGAAAGGUGUACGGCUCCACAGUGCUGCCCUCCGCUGUACCUUCGUCGAAUUGAAUGCAAAAAAUGAUUGAGAACGAAUUACUCUGGGAUAAUAAUAGGAAAUGAGGUAUUAGGUCAUGACUAUUACUGCUGGGGAGACUUAGGCUUCCAGUCUUGUAGGGAUUGGAGGCGUGGUGAAUAUCAUAAGCAAAAUUCUCUUAAUGGCUCUCUUCCAUACGUUCAUUAAACAAGAUCAGAAGAUUGAAGCGGGAGAAAAUCCUUGUUUUUUUUUUUUGUUUUUUUUCAGUAUGCUAGUAAAGAGCCUCUGUUUUGUUAGCAGAAAACAUGUCAAUGCUUGAAAAUCUUAUCCCCACUGAUAUAACAAUAAGAGGGUUCGAAGUAAGAAUCAUUGUGACUUUGAUUAAUCCUUUUAAAAUAGAGUUGGCAGAAAGUACACCAUAUUUGCUGCUAUGGCUCAAUGGAACAUGAUAUUGUUGAUGUGAGUGAAUGAAAACUAGAAUCUGCUUUUGUUUCUUUCCCACCCAAUUGCUUAUAAGAGUGUGAGGAAUAGGAUACCCUGCAAUCGUGUCUCGCCUUUUAAUGAAGAUAUGGCUUCUGCUCAGUCAUCAGAGAGAUCUGACUCAUAUCAGUACACGUGUGGGAGGCAAGCUUUCAUGGUUGGGGACAACUUAUGACCUCUUUUUUCUUUUUAUUUUUUCGCUUAGUUGAGGGUGGCGGGGGUAGUGUAUUCGCCUUAUAAUUCAUAAAUAAUGGUAUGGAUUGAUGUACUUUCUAGAGCAGUGCUCCUUUCUAGUAGAUGUCACAUACUGCUACUUCCUUUGUCUCAUCCCAAAGUGGGUAUUUCGGAUCAUGCUUCAUAAGUCGCAUAUUAUUUUUUGAUAUGUGAUAAUGUUCAUUCUUCUCUGUAUUUUAAGUAUAUUGCCUGGUCUCUUCCCUGCAUUCUAGCUAUUCAGUGGAAGAAUCAAGGCGUUGUUGACUAAUAUCUGCUCUUGCUAUUCUAGGUCUGUAGUUCUUGCAAACUGAGGAGCUCCUGCAGCAGUGGAUUUUUGCUCGCGCGUAAGGAGGACGAGCCCCGAACUCUUGAUGUGAUGCGGAUCUUGUUGACCUUCGCCUUUGAUUCAAUAAACUCUUCGGUUGAGAAUAAGGCCCUCAUGGAGAUUAAAACCGUCAAAAGAACCGUCCGUAAGCUGCUGCAUGAAGUGACCAAGCUGAGUGCAGUUCCAAUUGACCCUAAUCUUCCAAUUCCGGUUAUCAAGAGACCCCCUCCUAAAGUCAAACAGCCGCCACCUCCACCAAAGAGACGAGUUGGGCGAGAUGACAUUGAAAUGAAGAAAGGAGAUUGGCUUUGUCCCAAGUAUGAAUUUCUCCUUCCCCAACUGCACCAUUUCGAGCAUAAUCUCGCAUCCUCCUUAUUGCAUGCUGAUCCUUUCACAAAAAUUGUUAUCACUCAAAAUGGGUUUCCUCUGACCUCCGGCUAUAGGUAAAAAAAAAGAAUGAAAUCAGCAGGAGAAUAUCCAUUUUAUUUGGAUCUUGGCAGUCUCAUUUUUCAUUAUACCCACUUAAGUUCAUCCAGAGUAUUCAGUCUAUGUACAUGUAUAUUUAUGUAUGUUUUAAAGCAAAGUUCCCACUUUGCUUUAUCGAGGAAUCUGCAUGCUAAUUCUUUCACAAACCUGGGUUUUCUCUGACCUCCGGCUAUAGGUAAAAAAGAAAAGAAUGAAAUCAGCAGGAGAAUAUCCAUUUUCUUUGGAUCUUGGCAGUCUCAUUUUUCAUUAUACCCACUUUAGUUCACCCAGAGUAUUCACUCUAUGUACAUGUAUAUGCAUGUAUGUAUGUUUUAAACCAAAGUCCCCACUUUGCUUUAUUGAGGAAUCUCCCCCCCACCCCCCACCCCCCAGAUUCACAUAUGAUUUAGCUUCUUCAUACUUUCCUCAGGUGUGAUUUCAUGAACUUCGCCAAGAACAAUGUUUGCCUGCAAUGCGACGCCAAACGCCCAAAAAGGCAGCUCCUCCCAGGGGAGUGGGAGUGCCCCCAGUGAGCUCCUCCCUCCUUUGAAUUCCCCUUCUUGGCAAAAUACUGCAUCUCUGGCAUGGAUUUUCCAUGGGAGUUCUUGACGGCAUCCUUGUGGCGUUUCUCCAGGUGCAAUUUCUUGAAUUACAGGCGAAACAUGUCGUGCUUCCAUUGCGACCACCAGCGGCCACCCGAUGAAUUCACUGCCGCCAAGACCCAGUUCCACCAGCCUGGCCCGAGGCCCCGGUUGGAUCAGACGACCGGAUUAUCCUCCCAAGCGUGGAACUUUGACUUUGACGACAACGAGUCCGAUGGGGCUGACGUGGCUGCCUUUGAGUUCGCAGAUCCUCCUAGAACAGGCCGGAACCCUCUGGACAGCCUGCCCCAGAGAGGGCCUGAAGACGCCCCUCCCGGGGACAGAAGCAGUGGAGACAGAUUGCCAUCUGAUGUCUCCAGGACUGGCUUUGAUGACUUUGAUGAUGAUGAGGAUGAUGACGUGGAUAGCUACGAGAUCGAUGACCGCGCUAUCUCGAGAGAUAUACCCAAAUUUAGGAACAGCAGAGGAUCAGCUGAUCAUGAUGAUUCUGACGAUGAUGAUCUACCUUUGAGCCAAGAGAGAGACAGGCCUCCUCUUGAUUUCCCUUCUGAUCGAAGAAACAAUCUUGGAAGAAAUUGCAGAGGAAGGGGGACCGAGAGGCCAAGAAGCUACGAUUCCGACGAUGGGUUUCACUCAGGCUCUGAUUCUGAUGAUUUUGGCUCAUCUCGCUCUAGGAUGAACGAGAUCCGUGGCAGAGGACCCACCAGACCCAGUGGUCUUGAUCGGCCAGAUUUGGAAAUAGGUAGGGGAACUAGAGGCAGGAGGACCUCUUUCAACAGGGCUGUUGCUGCUGCUAAUGAUGAUGAUGAUGAUUGGCGCCAUGGUGGUGCAAGAAGUGGGAGAAAUGCAGGGAUGAGAGAUGGGCGGAGAGGAGAGAGAUUUGAUCACCGGGGCUUUGAUGGGCUUAGAGAAGAUCGAUUGGGGUACAGGAGUGGGGGUCGAGCCAGUCAGCCCAGGGGAAGAUCAAGAGGAGGAGAGGGAAGAUCCGAUCGGUGGAAUGGUGGUGAGUCGAGGAAUCGAAGUGAGUUCGAUCGAGGGGGACGAUCCAACCAGUGGGCCGAUGGGAGAAGAGAUUUUAGAUGA